GGUUGGAGGGGAGGAGGGUUGCUUACAUGUGAUGAGGGGAGAGAGCCCCACGCAGCCUGUGCUGUGCAGACGGAAUGUCAAGAGUAGUGGCGCUGCUUGGUGCCUGGCCGUGACCCUUCUCUGCUUGACCUCUCUGGCUGGUUGGACUGUUCCGUGUUGUGUGUAACGCUGUGUCUUGUUGGUUUGUUCUGUUUGUGUGUUUUCUGUUGGGCGUGUGGCUCUGGCUCUGGCCCUGGCAAUGCCCUGGUGUUGCAUUGCGACCGGCUGAAGGUUGGAUGACUGCUGCUAGACUCGCCGGCAGAUGGGCUGGGAGGGGUAGGGAGGAGACCUGGGCGAGAAACCUGGGAGUGCUAAAAUAGACUGCUGCUGGCAUUUAAGCGUUUCCUUGGGGGUUACAGGCUCCUCCCCUGCCCCACUCUUGACUCACUCACCUGCUCUUCUCACCUCUCACGCUCCCUCCGUCAAUCCCUCCCUCCCUUGCUACCUGCUCUACCCUGUCCUUCCAUCCACCCACAUCUCAGUUCCCUCCCUCUGAUGCUGCCUUUACUCCAUUUUUCUUUGGGAAUUUGGUUUCUUAAAGCGAGCUUACCCGAAGUUCAGCAGCCAGCAUCCUCAGAGCAUGGCGCCUCAGCCAUUCACCACCACUAUGUAGUGCCUGGGAUUUUAAUUCAUACUGGGAUCCCUUGUACACUGGAUUGUCAGUUUGGAGCUAUUUGUUGUGCAUCUUGGGGAUGCAGAAGCACACUUGCUCAUCGCCUUGUUGCGAAGUGCCUGAACCGCUGAUAUCUGCGUCCAUAACCCUUUCCAGACUGCUCUCCUCCAGCCAUGUCCGAUCAGUUUGCCUCGAUACACUAGCUCGGCGCUGCCCUGCUCUGCUCUGUGGUGUUUCAAGUUCGGACCGUUGGCGCUUUUAGGGGCGUGCCAGCAGUCGUUCGUUUCCCGCCUUUGGCACCAUGUCUAUUCACGUCCGCGUCGCGGCGUGCUCGCGAGUGGCCGAGGGUCAGCGCCACGCACUCCGUUCCACGGAUGCGUCCCGCAGCACUGUGCAUGCGAGCCUCGCGGUCGCACACCGGUUGAAUCGCAUCGUAGGCGGAAGGGCAAUCCAUAGCAGCAGCAGCAGCAGCAGCUUUAGAAAUGCGGGCGGGAGCGGCUGCAGCGGAGCGGGCCUCUCAGCGGCCGCCACGUGGCCUGGGUCACAACAUCCUCCAGCUGCCCGCUUCGGAUCAUCUUCACCUGUUCGCUCCGAAGGCACGCGCAGGCAUGAUCGAUUGCCGCUGCAGCGAGCAGUCUCGGUGCGUCGUGCGUCGCUUCCGUCAGGGGAACGGCUUACAGCCAGGCCUUCAAUCCGAAUCACCUGUGGCUUCAGCAGCGGCAGGAGUGGCAUAGGGAAGAACCCAAGCCCCGGCAACAAGCCAGGCAAACGCCCAUCUUCCUCCUCCCCAGCUCCCUCCCCCACUUCCCCCUCCUCCUCCGCCGCCUCCUCCUCUCCACUCAAUCCCCUUCAGCAAGUCCUAGCCAGCGUCUCGCAACAAGCCCAGGCAGUCCUCCCUCCCCCAGUCACAGCCUUCCCCUGGGCGUCCCUCCUCUCGUCUGUCCUUGCGCGCAUGCACGCCCUUCUCUCUCUAUCCUUCUCGCUCCUCCUUCUGCCGUACCUCCUCUCAUCAUCCCUAGGCGAGCUCGCCUUUGCUCUCAGGCAGGGUCAGGUGCUGCUGGCGGGGACAGCGGCGGUAGCAGCCAGUGUGGGGUGCUAUUGGGUGGCGGAGGAGGCCGGGAAGGAGCAGGGCGUGCUGGUGAAGAGGGGAGGGGCUGUUGGCCGGGCUCUUGCGCUUGUGGCUCGGGACUCCACCAAUUUACUGAUGCUCAUUGCUGUCGUUUGUGCGCUCCUCAAGGCCUCAGCACCCACCCUUCCUUUCUUCGUGUCAUCGUACCAUUUCUUGCUAAUGGUAGUUUGGCUGCCGUUUUCGUGCGGUUAGUUUUGCGGCGUGCAGAAGUCAGCUUUUAGGUGUUCCUUACGUUAUGACUCAACUGUAGAAUAGAAACGCUUGAUGAGCAUAGCGCAUUUCCCUUCUCAGACUAACUGG